UCGAGACGAGAGGAGGAACACGAAAGAAGACGAAGAAGCAGCAUUAUGGUCAUCGCUGCGCGGGGAGGAAGACGGUGAUUGGGCGCGUGAUCGAAGAUCGUCCCAGGCAGGCCCCUCUCUGUCCAAUGUCGAAAACAUUGCUCAAGCAAUUGGGGCCGCUGGGUCUACAGGUGAGCAAGACCCAAAGCGCCAAAAAGCUAUGGAGGUCCAUCAACAUGACCAGUCCCCCGUUACUACUACUCUACGCCGUCGUCUUCCUUGGAGGAGUCAUGGUCACCUUUCUGCUUGCCCUGACGGCUAUACCAAAGAGUGCAGAGCAAAAUAAUACCCGUGUCCCGCUGAUCCCCAUCCAUCGAAGGCUAAUCUUCUCCCGCCAGGGCGCAGGAUCGGUGAAGACUGUCACUACAGGCGCUCCAAUGUUCUGCUUCUAUGACCGCUACUCGGAAAGGCACACGGAGCCGGUCAAGUACAGUCCCAUCAAGCAUCUUCCUGCCAGGUACUGCUCCCACCUGGUUUACGGCUACAUCAGUCCCGGUGACCUGAAGAACGUUACUACGCAAGCGAGUACAAAGUCUCCCGUGGGAUCCUUCGCUGACGCGCAGAAGAAGAUCAAACAGAUGGUCCAGCUCAAGAGCACGUAUCCCGCACUCAGAGUCAUGGUCGCCAUUGGAGGGAAGCACGUGGAUUCCCGUUCCUUCUCGGACGAGUUGCUGACAGAGGGCCGCCGGGAGCACUUUGCCCAGCGCGCGGCACGCUGGCUCCGCGCGCGCGGUCUGGACGGCCUGCACGUGCACUGGAUGUACCCGGGCCAAGGGAACGGACGCCCGUCGGACAGGCAAAACCUGCCCAGAUUUUUGGCACAGCUGCGAAAGAGCUUCGAUUCUCGGAUGAAGGGUCGGAACCUCGUCCUCACUUUAUUCGUGCCGCACGGGGACGAACUCAUCGACAGGGGAUACGAAGUCAAGGCGGCAGCUGCACAGGUUGACUACCUGAUUCUUCACGGCUGGGGCUACAGUGAACCCAACCGUGCUGAGGUGAGCAGUCCUCUGUUCAAUCGGCCUCCAGAACGCCAAGGAUCUCCAACGAACUCCAUCCACGAUAUGGUUGCAUUGCUGGCAGACAGGGGAGCCCCCAAAAGCAAGAUGAUACUCGGGGUCUCCGCCAGGGGUAUCAGCUAUACCCUGGCGAGGCCAGAGCCUUCCGUCAGAGCUCUUCUGCGCGCCAGCCAUCCGUUUGGUCGACCCGGUCCAUUCACGAAGACAGCGGGUCAGCUGGCCUAUUACGAGAUUUGCUACAAUGUCUACCGCCACAACUGGGCCCGCGUGUUCGACGCCAUCACGGGCUGCCCUUACGCUUUCCUGGGCAACGAGUGGGUCACGUAUGACGACUCUGACUCCCUUCGUGCCAAAGCCUCCUUCAUCCGGAACCAGACUCUGGCCGGCGCCGCAUUGCUAAACGUGCAAGCGGACGACUACUUCGGUCUUUGCGGGCCAAAGAACGUGUUGGCGCGUUCCCUGUACACAGGGCUUCGCUUCUACACGCCCAAGACAGCACAGAAGAAAAGUCCCAAAGUGAGCCGGGUGCGCUACCAACGCCGGACACGAACGAUCGCAAGAUGGCGCUCAACCUAAGUAACGCACGAAGGAAAGUGAUCACAGUGAAUGAAAUAAAGUGUACGUGUCUUGUCA